AGUCAGGUAAUGACGUUACGGGUAAACGGUAGCCGUGGCAGCGGCUGAGGCCGGCGGGCGAGGCGCCGGCUGCUGCUGCCCGGGGAGAGAGGCUGCCUGCAGGAAACAGCUCGGGCGGUAGCGCGCCGCCGCUACGGGGUUGCCAGCUAAACUAUGUACUCCUCCCGGGCGGGCACCAUGUUGCGCUCAUCUUUGUACCCCCAGCAUCUAGCAGUGUUGGCAUGUAGUAGGCACUCAAGAAAUGUGUGUUGAAUGAACGAUGCCAGUGACAAGCCACCUGGACUUUAUUCUUUCCUGACCCUUGCUCCUAUGACACUUCCUCCUGGCUGCCACUAUCACAGAGCUUCUCUUCUCUAGGGAAGCCGGAAGGGAAACAGCUAUGGCCAAGGACAUCCUGGGUGAAGCAGGGCUGCACUUUGAUGAACUGAACAAGCUGCGCGUGUUGGACCCUGAGGUCACCCAGCAGACCAUAGAGCUCAAGGAGGAGUGCAAGGACUUUGUGGACAAAAUUGGCCAGUUUCAGAAAAUAGUUGGUGGUUUAAUUGAGCUUGUUGACCAACUUGCAAAAGAAGCAGAAAAUGAAAAGAUGAAGGCCAUUGGUGCUCGGAACUUGCUCAAAUCUAUAGCAAAACAAAGAGAAGCCCAACAGCAGCAACUCCAAGCACUAAUAGCAGAAAAGAAAAUGCAGCUUGAAAGGUAUCGGGUUGAAUAUGAAGCUUUGUGUAAAGUAGAAGCAGAACAAAAUGAAUUUAUUGACCAAUUUAUUUUUCAGAAAUGAACUGAAAGUUUCAUUUUAUAGCAGGAGGGUAAAAAAACAAAACCCAAAAAAACCUCUGUGCCGUUCCAGUGACUUGACUAAUGACCCACGUUUGUCCUAAGAGAUGGUGUGUAAGGAACACAGCAUCUCUGAAGGCAGUAAACCAAUAUGGGGGAGCUUAUUGCAGAUCGCCACGUGCAUUUGCUGGUGAACACCUAGUAGCCAUGGUGGUCCAGGCUCUCACUUCUUGGCAUUCUUAGCCUGAACUGAGCAGUCUGUACACUCUGAUCCUUUUUUCUUUUUCUUUUUUUUUGUAAAUUCAUAUAGCUUUGGAAAGGAAGAGCAAUAAAUUAUUGUUUUCAAAUGGC